GUACAAAUUGAUGGAGAAUGGAUACCAUGUGCAAUAAAGAGAGUACGAAAUGGUAAAUUAACUUUCCAUGGGUUGAUUCCUACUAGCUUACGUUAUGGAAUUAAAUGCUAACAGUAUGUCUUUAACUUAAUGUCUUUAAUGUCGUCUGAUACAGCUCAAGCUAAUAUUGAUUUCAUGAACCUCAUAACUAAAUAGGGCCAUAAGUCGGAUACCAUUUCAGUCUUAACUAAUAAAUGUGAGUCGUGUCCAUUCCAUAAUGAAUGUAGAUCAUGUUCUCCUUGGUAUUCUUCUUCCUCGCUUUUCGGAACUCGCCCCUUCAUUGAUGCAAUUAGCCAACUGGGGCCCGAGAAUUAUUGUUACCGUCACAUGAUAGAGACCGUCUCAUCUUUUAAUUAAAGAAGUACAGUUACUGCAGAAUUAAAGUACUUAAAGUAUAGGAUCUGGCGGCUUCAAUCGACCUUGUAUUUUUAAUAUUACUUUUUGGAAACUGUUAGCCUUCAGUGUAGAGGUAUUUUGGGCGGGGAAAGCUGCUCGCUUUACAUAUUCGUAUUGUUGUAGCCGCCAUCUUUAAUCAUCUGCAUCAGGCUAGGAAACUGUACGAUCUUUAAUUAAUUAUUCAGUCUGCAAUAAAAUGCUCGAAGGAUGUUAUUCUCCUUGUCUAUUGUAUAUAGCAGAAAAUGCGAGGCUGUCAGGUGUGCGGAACGCCCUUUUGGAAGAACUGAGAAUCAUGGUUACAGUUGGUGACCAUCCCAAUAUCAUAAGUCUUAUUGGGGCCUGUACAACAAUUGGUAGGUACACCGAAAAAUCCACGCGUAUUUAGUUUUCAAGCAGUCUUCGCAACGGUCGUCUGAAAUGCCAUACGUCUCCACCAAGAGAGAAUGAUCUAAUUCAUUCUCUCUUGGUCUCUACCCCCUAACCCGUGGGGGACGCGGGGGAGAGAAAGAUAAAAUACGCAAUAAAAACUUGAAUAAUAAUUUGAAUCAAAAUGUUAACGUGACAAAACGAGCAAGGUUCGCAAUACUCGCGGUAAGUAUCCUAGACAAUUUACAUAAUAUAAUUUAUUUAAUUUACACAAGAGAGAAUAAGCUUUGAGAGGGAGUCCCUGUGCUCCAUGAUACCUUUUUAAAAUCUAUUUAAAGUUCGCGGGCUUGCUGCUGUGGUUUUUUUUGUCUGUUGUUUCCGCGACUCGCGCGGUCUACUUUCACGUGAACGCGACAUGUUUCUCCGCCAAGCAGUUGAAGUAUGACAGCCGUUAAAGUAUAUAAUUAGCGCGCUAAUAGACUGCUAGCAGUCUCUUAGUUUUCUUUGCAAAGUUACUGCACGCGAGCGGCGAAGCCGCUUGCCGCGAGAAACGAUCAGUCCCUAAAUAAUAACAUCGUGGUUUGCAAUCGCGCUGGAUGAGAUAAGAACUGGACGGAUUUUAAGAGAAAAGGCGGACUGCAAGCAGUCUAGCGCGCUAAAGGCUUAAGUUGUUGACACGUUUUUGAUCUGCGCGUUCCGCUCAUAAUUUAGGAAUGAAUUCAUUUACAAAGGGAUUGUAGUAUUAGGUAGCCUGCGAAAACAGCCGUUUCUCCUCGCUCUUCGCCUCUGAGGACGUUUCGCUAGGAAUAACGUCUGCGACUCAGCGACAGAAAUUCCAUACUGAUGACGUACAAUCUGUCCGGAAUCCGGUCAGAAGCGCUGAUUGGUCGACCGAGUAGUUACAUUGUUUUAGCUAUUGUUUACUCGAAUGACAGACAAAAGACAAAAGGCCACGAAGGUCAAAUGUAAACGCGAUGAAUCUCUAACAAAACAGUCAAAAUUGGUGGAAUAUUCCUUCUCUAGAAGAAACAUUUGAGUUUUGCUGGAGCUCGUUUUAGAUGUAAAUGUAAAUGUAAAUGUCGCGAUUGAGAGGACAAACAUACAUUUCCUCUUUACAUAGCUUUUUUGCAGUGGGCUCGGACAUCAGCAUACUAAGGGCGCCGAUGGCAGCCGCUAUCAGUCCAUUUAUGAGCCCACUGAACCCUCCCAACCCAUGAUGAGUGAUGAUGUAAGUGAUGAAGAUAGACCACAACACCAGGAACUACGUCCCCUACUCUUUUCGAAUAGUGUGUGGGUUCUUUAACGUCCCACAACACAACACUUUAGUAAAAUCGACAAGGAGAAACGUAAAAUUGAACAAAUUUGGAUGUGGAACCCCAUCACUACCGGAUAUAUUAUGUAAACACUGAUUUAUGUCAUCAGUAUGGAAUUUCUAACGCUGAGUCGCAAACGUUCCUCCGCGCGAAACGUCCCCAGCGGCGAAGGGCUGGACAAACGGCUGUUUCCGAAGGCUAAGUAUUAGAGUCAAAAUUUCACUUUGAGAUUAAAGACUGAGCUUUUCUAACGACUGGUAUCCUCAUUUAAAGUAACGAAUAUUAAGAGACAGUUGCCAUUUAAAAUAGGCUGUUGCUUGUUUAAAUACUAAUGUAGCGAAGACGACAAAAAGGAAUUUUCGCCGAGGCUGAACCGCUUUCUCCGGCGAGCCAAGGAAUCCAGGACCGUUUUCUCGUCGGAAGCUUCUCUGGCCAGUUUUUUCCUCGUAGAAAUCUUUUGACUCGUAGACGAAAGUAAAUACCGCGUCAUAUCGCUUGCUGCGCGUGUACGGCAGUGAAAUGAAUUACCCGCCAAGUUUAAAAUUACAUGACGCCACUCUAAUCGACCAAUAAGGUGGCGCCCUUAAAAUACGCAGUAUGACACAGAACCAAGAACACAUUGAAAAUAAUUUUCAUGGAAAGAAGUAGCCUUUGUAGAAUGGCGGUUUUGGUUGGGCGCGCUUAAUAAUAAAGGCGGGCAAGGGCAGAGAAACCGUGAGGAGAUUGGGGCGGGAACAACCUUUUUUAUUUUUCUCGCCGCUUCGCCGCUCAGUCGUGAUCCUGACAAAACCGCAAUGCUACGCAGGCUAAGAAAGAGGGUCAUGCAUGGGGGAUUAGAUCUCUUAGAUCAUUCUUUCCUGAUUUACAUAAAAGGAAACACAAUCAAAAUACCAUUGCCGCCAUUUAUCAUCGACGUGCCAUCCGGAUCAAUUUCCAUGAUCACUCUUGACGUUCUCAGCAGUUGCCGAAUAAACUGCCUGUUGUCAAGGGUUUUUUUUUGGCAGUUGGGGACACGCUUUAGUGGCCGUUGCUAUUGUAGAGAGGUAGCCGUUGAACAAAGGUUUAAAUAAGAGUAAAUGCGUGGACUGUCCGCAGAGGGUUCGACUGUAUAAUACGAACAAAUUGAAUGACUAGCUGCCAGUUCGCUUGCCUGGUAUCGGUGGGGGGCAGAGCCAGUAGUUUUCGCAACUGCAUCACAGUUGUGUAUUUAACUGUGAUGAUUUCUCUGCAUUUAAUUUCCUUUCAGUCAUAAAUUUGUAUUAGAAGCUAUACUUAAUAUAUAAUUUUAUAGGCUGUUUGAACAAACCUUCAGUUGUGGUGUUGAUUUAAGGUAACUACCGGAAAGUAAAUUUUGACAAGGGAACAAACAAAUCAAGGAAUGUUCUCUUGAUUUUAUCAUAAAAUUUAAUUGCCCUUGUAAGUCAGAUUUGAAUUGCUUAAACCUGAACUUCUUUGAUCAAUUGAUCAAAUGGCCCGCAAUUUAAUGUUGAUUACACGCCUUUUUUAAUUAGAGCCAAUACUGAUUGUCGUGCGCCUGGCAGAAAAUGGCAACCUGGAAGAAUAUCUCAGAAGAAAUCAAGGAAAUCCCUAUAUCGACCAAAGAUAAGAUCAAGAUCGCCAGAGAUGUGGCCAAUGGAAUGUUGCACCUGUCCAGCAAAAGGGUAUUUUUUUCACUUAAUAACAAUUUCAACUCUAAAGUUUUUACAUUAACAAGUACUUUUCUGUCUGUUUGAUUUUGGAAUGCCGUAUAAUAUCCAAACACAUUGACUUACGUAAACUUUGCUCUGCUAUGUACCUGUUGUUUCGCCCCAAACACAAAAUAAUUUAUAUUAGGCUGAGUGAAUUCUCGAAUGCUCGAAUUUCUUUCGUCUUCCCUUUGGAGCGCCUGCCACACUGGAUAAAAAAAAAUUAGGCUAGCUUUCACAACUGCUCUUCUCGGCUAUUACUGGGUUUCUAAUAUUCAAUACCGAUCCACUAUAUUGCCUAAUGGAAAAAUACCAUUUCUGAGUAUCUAACAAACAAUGAAGGACCUGUAAGUAAGAACGAGGGUUUUAACCAGGAAUAGACCCAGAGAGGUAUGAAGCCAAGUAAAAGAGCUCUGUUGACCGGGCCCGAAGCUGAAAUGUAUGUAGCACGUUCUAAGAGAACGCCAUCAAAUUUAUCUUCAUCAUCGAUCAUCUUCAUCACCAUCGCCAUCACCAACAUCAUCAUCUUCUUCUUCUUCCUCUCCUUCAUGAUCAUCAUCAUUUAAUUUGAUUUAAUCCAUUUUCACUGCAUACACAGACACAAGUUAGCAGCGGGGAAGGACUACUAAGAAGGGAACAGAAGAACCAUACGGGCUAGUUCACCCAAUUUAAAAACACGUCAUAUUGUAAAAUAAGAAGAAAAAGGACAUGAUUGUCAGAAAAAGUAACACAUAUAAAUUGUUAACCGCUGUGAUUUCAUGCCCAAGUAACUUGUGGGUGAUCAGGAUCAAAGCCGUCAAUCGAAUCUCUGCAAUGUUUUUUGAAGCAAGACAGGCUUUCUACUGUAGGUCUUCAGUUCUAAGGCUGUUGGGCAAGUUCUUCCAUAAAUAAGGAAUUCUAUUUUUUAAAAAAAGUUCCCUUAGUUGAAGAGUUAGGUUUUUACUAACAUUUAAUCUAAGUUUAUUACUUGAGAAUGACCUUAGUCUGUUAUCAGAGCAAAACUGAAGAAAAUAGGAGUCAAACAAAGCAAUUAUAGUGACCAUGCUUGAAUUUUUUAAACUGAGUAACAAGGUCUCUGAUUUCUCGUCGGUAAGUCAACGGAAGUAGAUGCAAUCGUUCAAGUCGGUCGUUGUAGCUCAACGUUGAACCCCCUCAACUAGCUUUAUCAUAGAAAUAUACCUCGGGCUCUAGAUUUCAGAGGCAUAAUCAAGGUGGGAACGCACAAGGGCCGUGUAAAGGGAUUUCAGUGUACGUAAAUAUAAUAAUAUUGCUCUGCUAAUGACUUGUGCUGAUGGUUCGACGAAUGAUUCCUAGCAUCUUAUAGCUUCUUAUUAGCUUUAUUAAUUGAACCUGAGCGUAAAUGAGGUUCAUUAAAACGAGCGUCACAAGAAUUAAGAACACCAAAGGCCACACUGGACGUCAACCCUUAUCAAGGUUUAGUUUGCAUGGUACAUAUAUAAUCAUAUGUAACUGGUUCGCGUUUUCUUGUUAUCGAGAAUAACGAGCGUUGUCUGUGUUAAAGACAAGCUUCCAUUCAUCACUCCAUUCAACUAGAUUGUCAAUAUAUCACUUUGUAAUGAUUCACAGUCACUGACGGUUCUUGUAGUGUGAAAACACUUUACAUCGUCGACAAAUAAAGCCAGAGAACUUGAGUGAGACAAAUCACAUACAUGAGACAAAGAAAGCAGACCCAAGCAGUGAUCCUUGUGGGACUCCUGAGGUGACAGAUAACCAGCCUGAGUGUUUGCCAUCUAUUACCACCGUUGCAUCCUGUCUGUCAGAUAACUGGUGAACAACUGCAGCAGGCGACAACAACUACAUCUUCAUCAUCAUCAUCAUCAUCAUCAUCGUCAUCACCAUUAUCAUCAAUCAAUCAUCGUCAAUCAUCUUCAUCAUCCUCCUUCUCAUCCUCAUCAUCGUCAUCAUCUUUAGUCAUCACCUUCUUUAAACAAUCAUGUGAUGUCGCUUGUCUUAUUGCAGUGUGUCCACCGCGACCUUGCGGCCCGGAACGUGUUGCUUGGCAAGGAUAACGUUGCCAUGGUUUCCGACUUUGGUCUGUCACGCGAUGUGUAUCAAAGUGGCGCAUACGAACAGAUAGAUAAGGUAGGAGAAUGAAUGUUUUUAGUCACGUUUAAGUCUAAAUCGGCAGCACCCCUAAGGUCUUUAUGGUUUUCUGACUUUGACAGUAAUUAUUACCAGUUAGCAUUUUUAACCUUGUUAUGUUCUAUUUCAAUUCAUUUGUUUCGUUAUCCCUGAACAACCCCAAAAGAGAAAAGAAUAAUUAAGAAUUUUCUUUUGUUACUAGCUGUUUCUUUUUAUUUCUUGUAUCCAGGGUCUCCAAACAUGAAAGUAAUUGCUCUCUGUUUAUUUUUCUCUCUUUUUCUUUUCUUUCCUUUUUAUUCCUUUCGUAUUAAAGCAAAGGCCUUUGCCCAUUCGAUGGAUGGCCAUCGAGUGUUUAAAUGGUUUGGCAUUCACCACCGAAUCUGACGUGUAAGUCUAUUUGCUCAUUCCACAUGGAAUAAUUAAAUAAAACAAACUUUAGACUAGACCAAGUAGAAAGACUGUGAACUACUAUAGGAGUGUUGCCAGCACGUUCACUGUUUAUUGCAAUGACUCCCUCAAUGAUAUUUUCUACAAUAUUCUCAGUAUUCUUGACUGGUUAAUAAGAGGGAGAAAUAUUAUAUACAAAAAUUUAUAUAUCAUUAAAAACAAAACAAAACAAAAAAUUAAAUACAAGCCGAGCAAAGCUGGCGCAUGUUUGAUGUCUUACAGCAAACUUUUACUCAAUAAAUUACUGUAGAAAUUUUGAAAGGAGUCGUCUGCAAAUGGUGACUGAUGCUGUUGGACAAUUGACCGACGGGAAGGACUCCCCAAUGCCUCAAAUACCUUGUCAGUACUUUCAAGAUACACGCCCGCAUUUGAUGUGACAGCGUACGCAUUCCUUGAAAUUGAAUUGCAUUAUCCAAUGAUUCAGUUUUUUAUAUUUUUAUUUUUCCUCCUGCCCCCUGAUUUUAAAUGUAUUGACUAAGCAUUGUACGCAGCGUGUACAAUCCUAAGGAAAUGAUUGCAACGUGCUUUACGCGCCACUUCCCUGCAAUUCUAGUUUUAGGUACACUGUAAAAUGCGCUCCCGAAUUAAAACGUACCUCCAAAUUCAACGCGAUAUUGGCAAGAUAAUGCUCAUAAAAAUACCGUAAAAUUCCGAAAAUAAGCCCCUCCAUGUAGAAGCCCCUCCAAAUAUAAGCCCCCCAAACGGGUAACGCAAAAAAUCCUCCGUUAAAUAAUGCUCAUGGAGAAAAAUACAAAUAAAACAAAGCAAAAACGGUGUUUUAUAAGUCGCCCAAUCAAUUUAGAAACGCAAAUUUCUUUCCGAGUUUGAAUAUUUUUGAAAAUAAAGCCCCAGGGCUUAUUUUCGGAAUUUUACGGUAAUUGUUUUAUCAUUCGAUCACUGAGUUUGUUUUUUAAUAAAUAAUAUCUUCGGAAAGCGGUUAGCGCGCGCUGCCUUCCAGGAGUAAUGACAGAGAUCACAUAAACGAGCAAGGAGCAAGCGUGGUUUCAUUUACGCAUGAGCAGAAUAGUAUUUGCAGCCUAAAACAGUUGAACAACAUUGCGCAUGAGCGCACCAUUAUUUGUAGGCAGUUAUUUGCAGGUCACGUGGUGGGCUUUCGGCCAAUGAAAAGGAAGAAACAACUGCUUCGAAUGAUAAUAAUUGUUAUUAAACGGACAUUCACCCAAGGAAAAAGAAACUUUAUUCGCACUAAAGAGUGUUGUUUUCGAUAAAACGCUAUAGAAAUUGCCCUUAAUGAUUGUUCUUCUUAAUGCAAAAAUCUUAAUUAAAUGUUUGCUACCUUGACUAAACUGUUUAUACAUUAAGUAAAAUCAAUGAUAUUUUCACGUUAAUAAGAAUUUAUUUCCCCGUAAUGAAGGGCAAUAGGUGUAGAACAAAUCAUGUUAUAAUCUGAAGUCAACCUUCAUUACUGAUUUGAGGGAUAUAUUUAUUUUGCAGUUGGUCAUUCGGAGUGUUGAUGUGGGAAAUAGAAUCUGGAGGUACAGCUUAAAAUUAUAAUGUCUUAGCCUAACCUUUUACAUACAUGUAUAUGAACUUUUACUAUUCUGGUUUUAACUGAGCACUUCAAGACCUCGAUCCUAACCAAACUCUCGCACCUUAAUCUAAUCUAACGCGGAUGUAAGAUGGCCUCAAAAAGGAUUCCUACUUUUUGUUGCUUCUUCAUUUUCACUCGAAGGUAUUUACAUUGAGAGAAAUAUGACUAGACGCCCAUGGUGGGGGCUCAUUGGGGUGCCGACUGGACGGUUUUAAGCCGGGGCUGUAUGUACUGUUAUGAAUAAAACAGCCCAGUUAGCCUUAUGAAACAAUAAACGAUUGGCAUUAUAUUUUAACUGGGACAUUUCCACAAUGCAUCUCCUCUGCCCCACAAAAUAUAGCAUGACAGUAUUUGAUCUAACUGGAAACUCCAAAAAUUAUUAUCCUUCUACUCUUAUAACUCGUGACUGAGGGUCAACCUUUGAUGUUUUUCAAAAACAGUGUUAUUUAAAAGAAAUCAUUUCUGUUCCUUAAAAUUUGCAAAGCAAAUUUUAAAGUUUCAGUUUCAUUUCUGUCGCAUAUUGCAUUUAAAGCCCUUCUUCCAUGGCAAGUGAAUAUGUUUAGAUUUGACGGUGCGAUCUACAAAUAGCAUACUCCUUUCUUGUUGUAAGGAAAGACUUUUCACAUGCAGGGAGAGAACAGCAACAAGUUGAAGCUUUUCCCGUGGGAACCGUGGGAGGGCUGCUUGUUUCUGCAGUUCCCGCACAGGCUAUAAUUUCAUCAUCGAAUACUGUAAAUCAUUCAGUCUGUCCGCCAGCUCCGUCCGCCAUUUGUCUUUCUUUUACAUAGACUGUCGACUUAUUGUUUGAUUAGGCGUGGCCCUUGAGACGGGCAACCCAAAAAUUACCUCUUCCAGUUAUGAAGAAUUACAAAACUCGAAAUGAACCAAUCAAAUAAAACGUCUUUAAAAGACAAUACUGUGCUCAAUCCCUGAAGUCAACGUUUUCAGUAUUGUUAUGUACUAAAGGGCAAUUAAAGAAUUAAAGAAAGUUCAACUUGCAAUUGUGAUUGUCUUUUUAGGAGCAAAACCAUAUCCCACUAUGGGAAACGUCUUAGAGAUUAAAGACUUUUUAAACAACGGAAGAAGGUUGACAAAACCCCAUGGAUGUUUGCCUGAGAUGUAAGUUUUAAAUAAUGAUGAUAUUUAACAAUUAUUCCUAGAGUGCACGUUGGCUUUAAUCAUGUCAUAUCUAACAAGACGCUAUGGGAGCGUGCAAUUCGGCGCCGUGGUUGUGGAAGUCGUCUAGGUGCAUGGCCGCGUUUCGAUUAUAAUUUCUGUCAUAAAUAAAUUGUAAACGACAAGAUCUCAGUUCCACUUCCAUUAUUUCCUCUACAACAACACUUUCCUUAUGUUCAGUUAACUCCACACCUUCUCGAGCAACGUAACUAACAUCAGUACACCCCAUUAGAAAACUUGUUGAAAAUGCACAAUCUCCACACCGAGGAUAAUUCAUAUUCAACAUCGCAACAUAAGCUUUAAUAAAUUAUUACAUGAAAAGCAAUAACACGCAAUACAAAAACAAGCAUAAAAACACCUACUCUUCCAAACAAAACUAAAAGAAGAACAAUGAACCGUUACAGAACCACGUCAACUGCGUUUUGCUUCUCCUUGUUGACAAUCUAUCGCUCAGUCCGAAUCAGCCGAAUCGCUUCGUCUACACGCACGCAACGCAAACGACCGUACCACUUCCUCGAUCUUCCUCUUUCGAAUCACUCUUGCUACAAUGAUCUCCAGUAAUCACUCUUAACGUUAUACACAUUUCUGUCCGCUUUUUUUUUUUUUCCAUGAAGGCAUGUAACUUGUUUUUAAUUUUGAACAGACGUGUUCAGUUACCAUAUUUGGAGAGCAUCGUAUAAUGGCUCACAUACCAUGAUGGCUAAGCCAGUCAGAGCUCUAGAAUUGCAUUGUCCAAUGAUUCAGUUUUAAAAAAUGAUUAAGAUGGUGAAAGUGGAGCCUCUAUAUGCCAGAACAAUAGAAAUAGAAAUAAAAUUGGUAGAAUUUGUUAAAUGCACUUGUUUAUCGACAUCAUUCCUUCGUUUAUCAUGUUAUUAAAUAUUCGUAAAAGCUUUUCCCUAGAUUAUGUAUCGAUACCGUUACGGGAAAAUUGAUGUUGGUCAUUCUUGGGUCUUGAUGUUAAGGGAUGGGUCAUUAGAAAAGUGAUGGGAAGGUGGUGGUGGUGGGGGGUUAAGUUUGCAUUAUUUUUCCCUCGGUCAUUGCUAAUAAAGGAAUUUUUUUCCGGGUAACACCCUUUGCAGCCAUACCUAUUUUGUGGACAAACAAUACUCUCUAGACUUUUUCACUACGCUUAAAAAGCAUAUGGCGGACUGUUCACAGUCCCUGUAUUUUUCUCUCACUUAUAGUCUAAAAGCGCCCCCCUUAAGUAGUUUAAACAUACUCAUCCAAGAUGGCUGCCCAUAACGCAAAGCGCUCGAUCUCGACAAUCUUAUGGAACAAUUGGGGACUGUGGACAGUCUAAACAACAUACAUAUACAUUACAUGCCAAGAUCUGUUGAAUAUGCCGUUACAUAUACAGUGUAAACGCAAUUUUAAAUGAGUAAGGCAAUUUAACACAGUUAACAAACUGUAAAAUAGUCACUCUCUAUUCAUGACGUGAUAUAUGAUUUGCGAUUACCACAGACCAAAGGACUCACCAUUCAGCACCUCUACUUCAACUGGUUUUUUCUCGAUGUAAACAAUGUGGGAGAGGAGGAAGCUAUUUGGAGAGGAAGGCUUCCCGGGGCAGACUUGUAUACCCUCCCAUCUGUUAUUCCUCUCCCACAGCCCCAUCAUAAAAAAAAAGUCAAUUUGGUAUAUCAUUCAUUGUAUAAAAGUACAACAAUAAAGGAUAUUACAUAUUAGUCUUAAUUCACCGGACUAUAACAUUGACCAAAAUCAUGUCAAACACAUUUCGCACCUGAUGGAUGACAUGGAUUGGUAGUUGUUGUUCCACGAAUGUUGAAGGUGUGGGUGGAGAUGGGUGUGUGGGUUAGUCCCAUAUCUCACUUUCUAGAGUAGGCAGCAGAACUCCUUAUCCUUACUAUAACGCAGUUCAAACUCCUAUUCUUGAUGCAAGUUCUCAAGUUCUAGUGUGGCUAAUCCCCAACUGCUUGAAAACUAUAUCCUUGACAUAUGUAUUCAAAAACAUUGUUAGCCCUUAAAUGUAUAAACUAAUGAAAUAUGACAAUGAACCGUAAAUUGUAAAUAUUUUAUGAUCAACUCCUCUCAGGGCUUUUCGGAGAUACUUUUACAACAUUGUUUGGGGUUCUUUUGCCAGACUGCUUAUGGUGCAGUUUACAAAUAAUGAUGGAAUGUGUAAUGAUGCCUUCUAUGUUAAUGUGAAUUUGGCACAGACCACCCACCGGGGACUACGCCCUCUACUCUUUACGAACAGUGUGUGGGUUCGUUAACUUCCCACAGAAUUUAUGAUCGAGCAACUUAAGCAAGGCGACGGCAACGAGAACGGCAAAAAGCAAUAGGUUUUUAUUGGUAAAACAACAACUCUGCACGUGCAUCACGGUUGUUUUAUUCAUUCUCGACUUCUCGUUCUCAGGAGGACACGAACACAAAACAACUACUCUCUUUCUCUUUUUCUAAACGUCGAUAUAGUCCUUGAGAAUUCAACUCCACAAGAAUUCACCAACGUUUCCGUCGUUGAGUUGUUCAAGGCUUGUGAGACGGGGCCUACGGUUUAAUCGUCCCUAUCCGUGAAGACCAGAAGGUAACCGUUUACAGAUGUCAUUACAAAGGAAGCACUUUCUCCUUGGUCACUUUAAGACCCUGAGUGCUGGUCCAUCUGGGGUUUGAACCAGCGGCCUCCCGCCAGGCAGGCUGGCGCUUAUCUAACUGAGCUAACUAGGCGUUUAAGUGGUAUGUGAUUUGCGAUUUUAACAUUCUAUAAGACAAACUUGAUUACUUUGCUUAAUGUUUAGCUAUGAAAUAAUGAAGAGAUGUUGGGAAAAAGAACGUUCGGAACGUCCAACAUUUCGUGAGCUUUUGGCGUCACUUGAGGAAGAAUUGCGGAAAUCAACAGGAGUAAGUAUGCCACAACGUAACUGAUAAAGAGUAAAAAGUUUAAAAGAACGCACAGUCCUGAACUUUAUUUUCUUUUUCUUUGACUACUAAGCGCAUAAAAUAACAUUUCGUCUUCCCUAUAUCAAAACAAGUCGGUCAUAUUACUAUUAUCAGACCUUUCUGCAGCAUCUGAUAAGAUGGACAAUGUAAUACAACUAUUUAUAAAAUAACUAAGAUAGUACGCGCGCUCUGAUUGGCCGAGAGGCGCGUGUUUGCAUGAGAGUAUGUAAACAUGGUUAAAGUUUUUGAGUUGAAAACUCAGCAAGUUUAACUUAUUUUCCCAUUCCCUCGUCGGUUAAAACUUGGACAAUCUUUACAAACGUGCUGUAUCAAUUUGUUUUCGCUUAAGCUGAAAUUUUAAGCGAGAAAAAUCUGUAUUUUGCAAAACAAGAACUGAUCAUUAUUAAUUACGAGUGAACGACUUGGUGUACAAGACUUCGCGACUGGUAAAAAUUUCUCUUUUAAUCAGAACCAAAACAAAGAGUUCUGCGUUUUUUCACGAGAAAGUUAAUUAAUAAAAGCAAUAGAAAACGUUUUUCCUGUAUUUGCAUAGCCUGAUAUAAACACUCAAAGGGUUGAGAGAAUUCUCGACAGUAGUGCAAACCAGAGAUGGAGUCGAGGGUUUGCAUAACUGUCUCGAAUUCUCCAAACCCCUCUCGUGUUUAUAUCAGGCUAUGCAAACACGGAAAACGUUUUCUAUUGCUUAACUCGACUCUCAAAUCGUUUUGGAGUGAAGGGAGCUGCAUUGGCCUCGUUUUCUCAGGCUAUAACUCCUUCUAAGACAUUGUCAACGGAACGCAAAGUGGACUUUUUCGCCUCAAUAUAAACAGUAAUAAUAAUGAUAAUAAUGAUAAUGAUUGUCAUAAGCCCCAACGCAAAAAAUGACAAUCACUUCUAUAUUUUAUUUUACAAAAACUAGGCAUCGGACCCAGUGAUUAAUCCAGGGCAAGAAAGUGAAGAUAGAAUGGCAGCACAUGAAGACCAGCUACCAAUGUAUCAGAGAAGUCAGGUAUAGGAUUUAAUGGGUGCUCAAGAACUUGAACUGGUGCUUUCUUUCAAGGACGCGCUGAGUAGUGCUGCUACUAACAGUUAUUAUGAGCAAUAUCUAUGAAGGGCUUAUAAUUAAGCGUCUCUGCUAUAACUUGAAUUCCAUGCGAUCGAUUGGGAAAUCCGGAUUUAGAUUUUCAAAAUCUAUGUCCGGAUUUCCCAAUCGAACGCGAAAUCCGAAAACGGAUUUCACCUUCGAGAAUCUGUCCUCAGGGUGGAUUUCAAUUAAGGAAUCCAAAUCCGGAUUUCAUGGAUUCCUUUUUACCGUUCGAUUGGGAAAUCCGAAAAAGGAUUUGCAAAACUACUCUCGUGAACAGUGGUCUUCUUUUUGCUAAGUAUGCGUGCGCGUGCAAGACCGCUGUUCUUAAGGACAGUUUUUCAAAUCUUUUUUUCGGAUUUCCCAAUCGAACGGUAAAAAUAAAAAUCCAAAAACAGAUAUCUCAGCGUUGAAAUCCGUUUUCGGAUUUCGCGUUCGAUUGCAAAACCGAAAUCCGGAUUUUCAAAAUCUAAAUCCAGAUUUCCCAAUCGAACGCACCCCAAGAUAUAUAACAAUUAUUCCCCGAAGUGGAUGUGGCUAGUAGUGAAACUUUACCGAUUUGUUUACCUCCUUGGGCGGAGGAAAUUUCUUCAAAGGAGUUGUGAAUUCUCUCUGUAUUAAAAACCAUUCUGUAAAAAAAGCAUUAAAAGCUUAUUUAUGAACAUGUAAGCUAUAAAUAAAGUAACGCAAGACUUAAGCUUAAUUUGCAUUUGCAAACAAAAAACUUUUUCACCGGUUUCAUCGAUAAAUUCCAGUCAAACAGCCAAAGCUUUACCUGUUAGAACCUCCAAGCUGAUUUCUGCCACCUUCUUCGUGUAUUUCCACAACAGCUUGUUUGAUUAUUUGUGAAGAUCCCUUUGUUACGGCAGAAAACCGGGAAGCCAUUUUGCUCGUAACUUACGCGAGUUUGGCGUCGCUCGCUCGGAGGAACUGGAGGUGAAUCAGUGAAUAGAAUUGAAUAUUCAUUAAUUGAGUAUUUGCUUAAUGUUUAUUUACUUAUUUAUUUAUUUUUAUUUUUUACGAAAAACAGGCUUCGGGAGCUUCUUCCAACAGACCUGCCCCAGUGAAUGAUGCAGGGCCAGUAAGUAUCAAUAGAAUAUGUCAGGCUUAGCUCAGGGAGAUCCGCUAAGGAUGGAUGACAGUUUCUCGUUAUGGUUAACAGACAUCUGGAACAGAUAACUCAACUCAGAAGUUUUGAAAGCUAUUAUCCAUUUAGGCCCCUGAGGACAUUUCCAGUAAUGAAAAUAAGAGAUGAGAUAAGUUCCCGACUACCCAAGAUACAAGAUACACUGUACGUAACGUGCAAACAAGCGACAUUGACACGAAGUUAGAUAGGUAGGCAAGUAAGUCAUGAACAUAGGUAGGUAGGUGGGUAUGUGGGUACCUGGUAGGUGGGUAGGCGGGUGAGUAACUAGUUAAGUAGGUAGGUUAGUGGGUGGAUGGGCAAGUAGGUGGGUGGGUGGGUAGGGGGCUAGGUAAGUAGGGGGUAGGUAGCUAUGUAAGGACAAAAAGAAAAAAGGGCAUGUGCACAAUUUGUUUUUGAUUAACUUUCCUCUUUUUAUUCCUUUUAAUAGGCUCACGUAAGCUGCUGAUAAGGAGCAAACGAAACGUCAUCAGAAAUAGAAUUCGAAGUGCUGAAAAGUGGGAUAAUAGUCACACUAUUUUAUAGUUCGUAUUUUUAAUUUCACGGCACAUGUUACUGCAAUUGUGGGAAUUAAUUUACAUUGUAUUGCCAAGAGCCUUUCUCUAUGAUACAUUUUGAUUAAAAAUAACUAUAAAUAUAAUAGAAGAGGGAGACUCUGUGAGCUAGGAGUUUGAUUAGAGUGAAAUGGCAAUGAAAUAGAGGCACUGGUUACAACAGUAAGCUUUAGUUGCACUCUCUCCUCCAGUAAGCAAAGGCCUCUUUGUGUCGUAGGGAGGCUGGGGAGAAGGAAAAAAAAAGAAAGCUCGCGGGGCAUGAUGGGAAGGGGCCUCUUUGCGAAGGUGACAGAGUUAUUUGCAUGACAAUAGCAGAGUAUCAAAGUCUUGCAAGAGCUACAUAUCUACCGUAUGGCACGAAAUUUUUGCGGGAGUUUAUUUUUGCGGAUUGGCGAUUUUUUGUGCUUUGCGGAAACUAAUUUUUGCGAUUAGGACAGAUGGGUUUUUCUUGCUGCGAACUAUUUUUGCGAUUUUCAGAAAGUACCCAGUACCCAGCAUUGAUCUGCACAUUUUCGUUUUUGUUAAGUACAUGCAAUAGAAAUACAUAUUUUCAAACAUUACUACGGUAUGCGUACCCUAUGUAAACUAGUAAUUUAUUGUAUGCCGUUUGUUUCUGAAUAAAGGAG